AUGAGUGAACAGGAUCGGGCCCAUAAGGAACGUUGUAAAUUUUUUUAUUAUUGGUUAGGGGACAUAGUGCGGAAGGAGAGGGAGGGCAUAACUAAUUUUAAGAGUAUCAUGGACACAAUAUAUAGUACACUGCGGCAAUGGGGCUCUGAUGCAAGUUGUGCAAAUAUGUACACUGACACGGCCAAACUACAUUUCAACGAUAUGAGAAAAGUAUUCGACUACUAUUAUAACUUUAAUACUAUGUGUGCCGACCUUUUAGUAGCUGAUUUCAGCGGGGUAGAUCAAUAUUCUAGUUCCCUGGGGGCAGUUCCUGACGCCUAUGGGAAAAUGAAUUCACAGUGUGCAAGGCAUUCUGAGGGUGGUUCCUAUUGUGAAGAAUUCUACAGUAAAUAUGAUAAAUACCGUAAUAAAACAUUAUCUAAACAGAUGUGUGAUGCAAUAAAAGGAGAAGAAACUGCACCUGGGGUAGGUCUUGCUCCUGCAGUAGGAGUUGCUCCAGGGGUUGGAAUUGGACAUGGGAAGGAACCUUCUGCUGGGGACGACUUCGACUUAGGUGACGCCGUCGCCACAUCUGAAGCACAAACAACACCUCCAGCAGCUACUGAAACAAUUAGGCAAGACGGUUAUGCAGGUGCCGCUAGUGCAGCAGGUCCAACAGAAGGUUCACCAUUGUCCAUUAUUAUGCCACCUACUGCUGCUGUGCUAAUAGGAGUACCACUUCUGGCCUUCUUCUUUUAUAAAUACUCACCAUUUUUUUCUCGGAGAAGUAACUACUCUUCUAACAGAAGAACGGAAAGAAGAUCCAAUAAGCGGAACUUCAAUCCUGAAUCUGAUGAUUCUAACGAAUAUUUAACAGAAGACUCGUCAUUCCAUUCAGCGGACAAUUCAACAGAAUAUUCUUCGGAGGAUGAGUCAACAGAAGGUUCUGUUUCAUAUGCUACACCUUCCAGAAGAACAAACAAUAGAAGACCAGCAAACAGGAAGAAUAUUAGUUAUCAAAACAUGUAA